GCUACAUGUGAUGGACCCGUAAUCCUGCAAUGAUUGACGUGGGUUAUUAAUUAGUACCAAUGACAUGCUCCCACUCCUGGGUACGUGUGCGUGCGCACCGAGGGGCAAGCCGGGAAGGGGCGGCAUGACUGGAUGAUGAACGAGUCUUCCUCUCAGCAUCUGUAUCCUCACUCAGUGUAGCGGGAACAACCUCGCCAUACACGUCCAGUCUUCGGAACAAUAGCAAAAGGCGUUCUGUUUGCUUUCCUGUGCUGGGAAGGGCGCAGCCCCUGAAUGGGAGACGGAGUAGUAGACCAGUGGAUAAGCCGCCGCGUCCUCGUACUAUCGCUCCGCGUGCAACGCCUUAUCUAAAUCCAACUCUCCUAAAACUCCCCCAUUGUCAGCUAUUUUGCUUGCACUACAUCAACCCCCUUUUUCUUACUUAUCAGAGCGGAAGUGAGAACUUUUGUGGAGAGAGGGCGCGCGCGCUGUGCCUGAGACGGUCCGGGGCGAGACGCCGCGGUCUGGGAGCGGUGUGUGUGUGCGGGACAUGGAAGCCAACAGUCCGCUAUCGCCUAAAGCCAAUGCCUUCAGCAUAGCAUCACUGAUAUCUGCUUCAGAACAGGGAGGACUUCUUAUGAGCGACCUGCACGGUAAAGACCAAGGACUAGACGACGGACAAGACUGGGGGAUGCAGUACUCAUCGAUACCCAGAGAGAUGGAAGCGAGCUGUAUGUUGAGCAACCAGCGGAUGCCGGGGCACCAGCUAGCGCACAUGACGGAACACCCGUCGGCGUUCGGCGUCACCCAGGCCCGAGGCGAGGCCUACGACAUCCCGGGGAUGGACUCGUGCCGGAACGGAGGCGGGCUCCCGAACGGAAACGAGAACAAUAACCUGUUGAACGAUGGAGUUAAAGACGAGAGGAAACAGAACCCCAAAGUUGCCAAUGUUAAGGUUAUGCUGGAGAUGAAAGCGUUGUGGGACGAGUUUCACGAGCUGGGGACCGAGAUGAUCGUGACCAAGGCGGGGAGACGAAUGUUCCCGACGUUCCAAGUAAAAAUGUUCGGCCUGGAGCCGAUGUCUGACUACAUUUUGCUCAUGGACUUUGUUCCUGUGGACGACAAGCGUUACCGGUACGCUUUCCACAGCUCGUCCUGGCUGGUAGCGGGGAAGGCCGACCCGGACAUGCCGAGGCGCAUCCACGUUCACCCGGACUCACCCGCUAAGGGCGCCCAGUGGAUGAAACAGAUCGUCUCGUUCGACAAGCUCAAACUGACCAACAACCUACUAGACGACAACGGACAUAUAAUUUUAAAUUCCAUGCACCGGUACCAGCCGAGAUUUCACGUGGUCUACAUCGAUGGGAAGAAAGGUGACUCAGACACCGUCCAUGAAAACUACAAAACCUUCAUCUUUCCCGAGACCAAGUUCACAGCUGUCACAGCGUACCAGAACCAUAGGAUAACUCAGUUGAAGAUCGCUAGCAACCCCUUCGCCAAGGGAUUCCGGGACUGCGACCCUGACGACUGGCGAACGUUGACGUUCCACGGUAGAAACGAGAGUGACAGUGUUGUUGAGGUGCUGACACAGAUCCCACCCUCCCAGCGACCGAGGAACCACCACCGCCCCUCCUCACUACAGCUGGUGGGGGUCACGCGCACGCGCACUGUGGGGCAGAUGAACACAAGUCAGGAUCAAGAACGAAGAGACCGACAGGAGGAUACGUCACAACAGUGCCAGAGCUCUCCCAUCGUGUCCCGGGUCCUCAGCCCCAACCUCGCCGGAGGGGGGAUGCACGUUAACCUGCAGCGCCCUGAACAGACUGCGCUUGCGCACACCAGCCUUCCCGACAACUCCUACAAGUACCACUACAACGGCUACAUGGCUGCGAAAACGCGACCCACGCCGUACCCGCUCCCCAGUAUGAGACCAACAGGCUAUCAUCCUGUCAAUAACAGUCUAUACGCGCCCUGCACCAGAAGUUCGCCUUACGAUUUGGAUCCGCGGUGAAAUCUUGUCUCAAAGACUCUCAUGUAGCAAAUUGUAGCAAACGUCCAUUAGUUGAAGCUCUAAUCAUGUCCGUUGAAAUUCAAACUUGAGUCGUGACUUUCAUUUUUAUAUCUCCAUCUCAGACAAAAACCUUAGAUUUUACAAGAAAGAGUAUUUUACAGACGUGGUAGAUAUUGUACAGUAUUUGUUGCUAAGACGAUCAUCGGUAAGUUGCAUAAAUGAUUCAAAUACAUGUACAAGCAUCAUUGUGUACGUACUGGACUUGUCACAACGAAUCAUUGUAGACUCUCCAAGCAGAGGUCAGGCUUCGGCUGAUUUUUUAACGUGUAUUAGUCGUUUUUAUCGGGCUUUCUACUUUGAGUUGUAUCUUGUAUUGUCAAAUCCCAUUGUCUGGCCGACGUCAAGAAACAUGACAAAGUAGAAAGCCCGAUACAAACGACUAUAAAAUAUGUUUUAAAAAAAGUCGGAGCCUAACCUCUGCUUGGAGAGCAACGUUGUAGGAUUUGUGAUAAGCAACAAAAGUGUACAAAACAACAUUCUUUGGUCUGAUGCCAGUUUUAAACAAAAAGUCUGAUGUCCAGAAAGUUUCUACAACCUAGAUGUAAAUUUAUAGUUUUGACCAGUAACAAAACUGUUCCGCAAUCCUCACAUGUGUUUGUAAAUAUGAGAACCUAUUAAUCUUUUAUAUCGUUUCUUUGAUUGUUGCUUUUUCUAUGAAACACGAUUUUUUACGUUCUUUUAUGGUUACGUUUCGAGAGUUCGGGCUACUGAUAUCUUUUAUAAAUAUGUACAGAAACCAGUCGUCCUACUGUAGUUAGAUAAAGAUAUAUGCUGUUAGACUACGUUUUUGUAGAUGAAGUAUCAAAUGUGUAGAGUACGCUGAAAAAGGUUGCAGAGGUAACUGAUUGGACACACUGUGUCAGUCACCAUGACAGUCACGUGACCUAUCUACUGCGCAGACUCAGAAUGACCAUAAGACUUGUGUGUCGAAUCCGUUCGGUUCAGGUUGCUUACAGAGACUCAGAGUUCCGUAUCUUCACAUGUUAUUGUAACUCUAUUUUUGGAACUAUUAAAAGUAUAAGUUAUCCAAA